AUUGUCUGGCAUGCUGCCAAACAAGGCGAUGUAGCCAACUAUGACCUUCUUACGUUACACCCUCUUGAGAUUGGUAGACAGCUUACACUACUUCACUUUGAUUUAUACCGCGCUAUCAAACCUAUUGAAUUAGUUGGAGCGGCAUGGACUAAGCACGACAAGUAUAGGAGGAGCCCUCAGCUAUUGAAACUUACAGAUCAUUCCACACUGCUCACUUAUUGGGUAUCCAGAUCUAUAGUCGAAACAGAAUCGCUUGAAGAGCGAGUAGCGAUGUUUGCUCGCGUUCUGGAGGUGAGUUCUUUGUAAUUCUAUGAUCCCUUUCAAGAAAUUCUUUACUUCUAUGCUCAUUUUUUGCUGAAGCUCAUGGUCGUAUACCUUAGUCAGCACUCAACUCCGCUUGUGUCCAUAGACUAUCCUGGUGCUGGGAGGUGUGUUUUUCUUGAAGCGAUAUCUCUGCGCUUACUACAGUAG